AUGUUCAGUCAAAACCCCAAAAAGCCCAUUGCUGGCAACAAAGGCCCAGCUGCUCCCGUACAACGCCCUCCGGCCGGACGUCCUCCAGCUGGCCGACCGGCUCAGCCACCUGCCCAGCGACCUGCUCAACCCGCUCAGCGACCAUCACAGCCUGCCCAGCGGCCUGCUCAACGACCGGCCGGUUAUCAACCGGUGACUGCUCCGAGACCAGUUGCAGGUGCUCCUGUUGUCGGAAGACAGCCUGCUCCCAAUCAUGGAAUGCAGAUGACCCAAAUGAAGAAGCCGCAACAAGCUACGCGUCCUCCAGCCAAGAAACCAGCUCCUGCUCAAGGACAGAAGGCUGGACCACCAAAAGGUCAUGCUCCGCAAGGUGGAGGCCGGCCAGUCCAAAGGGCUGGACCUGCACCAGUUCAAGGCUACCAUCCCGGCCACCCUCAACAGGCUCACCCCCAACAAAGCCACAAGAAGAGCUCGUCGAACAUGAAGUAUGCAGCUGGGGGUGCUGUCGCCGGUGCGGCUGGUGCAGGAGCAGCCAUGUACUUCCUGAACAACGACUCGAACGAGCCCACUUACGUUAUCAACAACUACGACAACAGUCAGGGCCCAGAGAACAUCACCUAUACUCAGUACAACCAAUAUGAAGGUGACUACAUAGACAAUGGAGACUAUCGGUAUGACAGCGAUGGUGAUCGUCAAUACUCUCCAAACAGUCCAGACGGCGGCAAUCGCUACUACGAUGAUGAUCACGACCAGUACGCUAAUGACACAAACUACGGCAACCAAUAUGACAGUGAUCAGGUGAAUACGUCGUAUGAUGCCACAAGGUACCAACAACCAAGUGACCAGCAAGGUGACAAUGGCAACGAUGACUGUUGUGGCUGCGACAAUUGCUGCGAAUGCGAUAACUGUUGUGACUGCGAUGGCUGUUGCGGGUGCUGCGGUGAUGACAAUGGCAAGGACGGUGACGGUGGAUUAGCGAUCAUUUAA